CAGGAAGGUUGUGUGCAAAGCCACGACCGCAAGGUUGAAGUAGAAUACUCUUACACAGCUUUACUUACGGCUGUACAUUAACCUACGGCCGGGCGAAUCGGUUCGCGCCGCUUUUUGCGUUUAGCCUGGCAGAACCCUAAUGCGCAUGGCCAACACAAUAGAAAGGUGUUUUCACAUUGAAAAUUAGACACGACUUUACUGGAUGCAUCAACGACAUCAGCAUGUCACAAUUAAUCUACACGCUUCUGUUGCUGCUACUGGUGGUUGCAACGUUCGGGAAGACUAGGGCAUGCAAUGAAACGUGUUCUUUCACAGUCGAUUACGAACAUGAUACAUUUUUGUUGGAUGGGAAACCUUUUCGCUUUGUGUCUGGAUCGUUUCACUAUUUUCGCGCUUUGCCCGGUUCCUGGCGGCACAUCUUGCGUUCGAUGCGAGCCGCUGGUUUGAACGUUGUUAUGACUUACAUCGAAUGGUCAACCCAUGAACCCAAGGAGGGAAUCUAUAACUGGGAUGGCAUCGCCAAUCUGGAACAAUUCAUUCGCAUAGCGGAGGAGGAGAAUCUCUACGUCAUACUGCGACCGGGGCCCUAUAUUUGUGCAGAACGUGAUAUGGGUGGAUUUCCGUACUGGUUAUUGACGAAGUAUCCGAACAUGAAGCUGCGCACGUCUGAUGCUGACUACCUACGAGAGGUCGAAAAGUGGUACGGCGUUUUGAUGCCUCGAAUAAAGAAACAUUUGCGCGGACAGGGAGGUCCAGUGAUAAUGGUGUCAAUUGAGAAUGAGUAUGGAUCGUUUUCAGCAUGUGACCAUAGAUAUUUAUCCUUCCUCAAAAAUCUGACGGAAAGCUACGUUCAGAAUGAUGCCGUACUCUUUACAAACGAUGGUCCAGAAUUGUUGAAAUGCGGAAGAAUUCCAGGCGUUCUUGCAACUCUAGACUUCGGUGCAGUCGACAAUCCCGACCUGUAUUGGCAGAUGUUGCGUAAAUAUCAACCCCGGGGACCACUUAUGAACGCCGAAUACUACCCCGGCUGGUUGACCCAUUGGACGGAACCGAUGGCCCGAGUUCCGGUAGGUCCGGUUGCGGAUACAUUGCGCACUAUGUUGUCCAGUGGAGCCAGCGUUAACUUUUAUAUGUUCUUCGGGGGGACCAACUUUGGUUUCACUGCCGGAGCCAACGACGGAGGUCCGGGAAAAUUCCAGGCGGACAUCACAUCCUACGAUUAUGAUGCACCAUUGGAUGAGGCGGGUGAUCCAACCAGUAAAUACUAUACCCUAAGGAGUGUUAUUUUAGAGUACUUUUCAGAUCCAGACGUUCCGGUUCCGCCAAGGCUUCCGAAAAUGUCCCUACCAUCGGUGAAAUUGAACCGGUACGGUUCUUUAAUGUCAAACGAAGCACGACAAGCUCUGGGAUAUUACACAGUAUUUAGCGAAAGAACAGUCAGUUUUGAAGCCCUAAAUCAGCACUCUGGAUUCGUACUGUACGAAGCAACCAUACCUAGUGACUCAAACCGUAAUGCUCUACUUCUUAAGGUUCAGGGUCUCCGUGAUCGUGCCUACGUGCACAUUGACAAUAAAUUCAUUGGUGUUCUCUCCAGAGACACUGCCACCGAUUCGAUGUCAGUUAAAUUAGGACAAAGUAAACGACUCCAGCUUCUGGUCGAGAAUCAGGGGCGGAUAAAUUAUAACAUAGCAAACGACUUCAAGGGUAUUCUGGGCUUCGUAACCCUUGGUGGCAACGAAAUAUUGAACUGGACAAUGACAGGAUUUCCACUGGAUGAAUAUUCCCUGCUGCAAAACUACGUGGAUCGAUAUAGUGGGUAUGAUGUUGAGACAAGCAGGAACGCGGCUGCACGAAUCUUUCAAGGAACAUUCGUUAUUCAUUCCCAACCGAUACACGAUACGUAUGUGGAUCCAACCGGUUGGGAAAAAGGAUUGAUAUUCAUUAAUGGAUUUAAUCUGGGUCGAUAUUGGCCGGUGGCUGGUCCACAAGUCACCCUAUACGUACCAAGACACAUUCUUCGAGAGGGAAUCAACACAAUACUUGUUAUCGAGUAUCAACAAGAAAUUCAAGGAGACGCUAUCAUUGCUUUCACCGAUCAGCCUAAACUAGAUGGCUUAUUACCGUUCAAUAACUUUCUGAUUCAAAAGUAAGUAAUUCAUUUUAGCUUUACCUAGUGAAGUUACGGAAAUAUUUCACUUCUUUAAAGGUAAUCUAGGACAAUAAGCGGAGCUAAUAAAAUUUUUGUAACAAACCA